AUGCCCAACGCAGAACUUGGAACAAAGCCUAUGCAGGCCCAAGGUUUCCGAGUAGAAAGCUCCUCAUCAACCUUACCUAGACCCAAAUUCGCCCACCUGCGCCCCGCUCCCAAGAGGUCCCGCAGUGUGAAUGACCUGUCCCAGUGCCGGCGCGACCCCGCCGGGACGCGCGGGCUGCACGAAAAACCACUCUUCACCCGUGAUGCAUCACAGCUGAAGGGGACUUUCCUCAGCACAACUCUUAAGAAAAGCAACAUGGGUUUUGGAUUUACCAUCAUUGGUGGGGAUGAGCCAGAUGAGUUUCUCCAGGUGAAGAGUGUAAUUCCUGAUGGGCCUGCAGCACAAGAUGGGAAAAUGGAAACAGGUGAUGUCAUUGUCUAUAUUAAUGAAGUUUGUGUACUUGGACAUACUCACGCAGAUGUAGUCAAACUCUUCCAGUCUGUUCCUAUUGGUCAGAGUGUCAACUUGGUGCUAUGUCGUGGAUACCCUUUGCCCUUUGAUCCUGAAGAUCCUGCCAACAGCAUGGUGCCACCCCUUGCAGUAAUGGAGAGGCCUCCGGUAGUGGUAAAUGGAAGACAUAACUAUGAAACUUAUUUGGAAUACAUUUCUAGGACUUCUCAGUCUGUUCCAGACGUAACAGAUCGACCACCACACUCCUUGCACUCCAUUCCAGCAGAUAGUCAGCUUGAUAGCACAUUCCCACCACCUGCCCAUGAUGAUAAUGUAUCAAUGGCUUCUUCUGGGGCCACCCAAGCUGAACUCAUGACCUUAACCAUUGUGAAAGGGGCCCAGGGCUUUGGCUUCACUAUAGCAGACAGUCCUACAGGACAGAGGGUGAAGCAAAUUCUAGACAUUCAGGGAUGUCCUGGUUUGUGUGAAGGUGACCUCAUUGUUGAGAUCAACCAGCAGAAUGUACAGAACCUGAGCCAUGCAGAAGUAGUGGAUAUACUUAAAGAAUGUCCUGUUGGAAGUGAAACUUCUUUGAUUAUCCAUAGAGGAGGUAAGUUUGGAAAGUCUGUACCAUUACAAAAAUGUGUGUAAAAGGUUCUAAACCGUAAGACAUACAUAUACUCACUACAUUCUUGUGUGCUAGAUCGGAAAUUAAUUUCCAUGUUAUGGGAGGUAACACCAUUGGUUCUGGAAAAGUGUGUCUGCAAUUAAGUAUCCUAGGCAAAAUCUAACAGUUUGUUGUACAUUCCUUUUUGUGUUUUUAGUGUCAAUGAUUCCACCUCUGUAUAAGGGUAAAACUAGAACAGUUCCAGACUUUUCACCUCGUGAUAGUUUGUAUGGUGUCUGCAGCAAACUCUUAUAGUCCCAAAGCACUGCUGCGAGCUUUAGAUAUAAUUGUAUAUAUUGACUCAUUAUGGUAGAUCAAAAUCAGAGCAAUCUUUUAGCCCUUUACAAGGUUACUGGUUUUGAUAAGC